CGGUUCCAAACAAAUGAACAUAAUCCGAGUUGGUAUACUUGCGUGUUUCUGCUGCGGAUUGGCAUAUCUUUGUGUUAGAACUAAAGAGAAAGGUCUGCCUCCUGUCCAGCUAAUGGUUCUUUGAGGAAAAAUAGAGGAUUGGCACAACGCAUUUCUGAGAGAAUACCUGGAAAACAUGAACGCACGACUGCCACGCCGAAAAGCCGAGGAAGUCACAACAUGCAGGCUCGUCUCCUGCCGCUCUGGAGCAGGGGAAGUGAGAGAGGGGCUGAUAGGAGGAGCAUGAAAGAAGGAGGGCACUAGUUUUGAAAGUGUUCUAGAGAGAGAGAGAGAGAGAGAGAGAGCGGCACUGCUGGCACUGGACUCACUGCACUGCAGGUGGAUCACAUCCGUCUGCUCCAAGAAGGUUCUAAGGCAGCCGGUACAAGAUUUCCUAAAGCAAACAAGGUCAGAUUCAUAGCGGCAGUCAUCCAGCGAAGGACCGAGGCAGAGCAGGGAUGAGCGUGGACGUCCACCACGGGGUUGUGACCACCCCUCCCCCACCCAGCGGCGGCCCCAGGGAGCGCUACUUUGACCGAGUCAACGUCAACGACCCGGAGUACCUCAGAGCCAGGAACAUGUCGCCCGAUCUUCGGCAGGACUUCAACGUUCUGGAACAGAAGAAACGGGUCACGCAGAUACUACAAAGCCCGGCCUUCAAGGAGGAGUUGGAGAGUCUGAUCCAAGAGCAGCAGCGCAAAGGGAACAACCCGACUGGUCUGUUGGCCCUCAGACAGAUCGCUGACUUCUUCAUGGCGAGUUCAGUGGCCGGUUUCAACACUUCCCCACUCAGUUUGGGAAUGGUGACUCCCAUUAACGACAUGUACGGUGUGGAACCAAGCACCAUGGUGAAAGGAGAGAAGCUGACCCGCUGCAAACUGUCCAGCCUCUACAGACUGGUGGACCUGUUCAGUUGGGCCCACUCUAUCAGCACCUACAUCACUUGCCGAGUCAGCAAAGAGCAAGAUCACAUCCUCAUCAUCCCCCGAGGACUUUCAUUUGCUGAGGCAUCCGCAUCAAACCUGGUGAAGGUGAACAUCAUCGGGAACGUCAUCGAGCAGGGCUCAACCAACCUGACCGUGGACUCUGCUGGGUUCAGCCCGCAUGCUGCCAUCUACUCCAUGCGCCCAGACAUCCGCUGUGUCAUACACCUGCACACCCCUGCCACGGCUGCUGUGUCAUCUAUGAAGUGCGGCCUCCUACCCAUUUCGCAGGAGUCGCUCAUUCUGGGGGACAUCGCCUACUACAACUACCAGGGCAGCCUGGACGAGCCAGAGGAGCGCAAAGAGCUCCAAAAGGCCCUGGGGCCCACAGCGAAGGUUCUGGUACUGAGGAAUCACGGCCUGGUAGCUCUGGGGGAGACCAUGGAAGAGGCCUUUCACUACAUCUACAAUGCACAAUUUGCCUGUGAAAUCCAGGUGAACGCCAUCUCAUGUGCCGGCACCAUAGACAACCUGAUCGUGCUCGAUCAAGAGAAGUACAAAACACGUGUGCACGAGGUGGCCGCAACAUUUUCCACCAACAUGAGCAGCCCGGUGAAGUGGAAGGUCGGCGAGCUGGAGUUUGAGUCUCUGAUGAGGAUGCUGGAUAACCUGGGCUACAGGACAGGUUACGCCUAUCGCCAUCCAAUUGUGCGAGAGAAGCCCAGGCACAAGAGCGACGUGGAGAUCCCCGCCACCGUCACUGCGUUUAUGUUCGAGGAGGACAUGGACGCCACGCGGUUGCCCUUCAAGUUCCUCCUGCAGCGGCAGCAGAGGGAGAAGACGCGCUGGCUCAACUCGCCCAACAGCUACACCAAGGUCAACGUGGAGGGUGGAGACGAGCGCUACAACCACAACAGGACGACCACGUGGUUAAAGGCCGAGGAGACAGGAACCCCGAUCCGGAUUGAGGACCCUAAUCAGUUUGUCCCGCUCAACACAGACCCCAAGGAGGUGCUGCAAAAGAGGAACAAAAUUAGAGAGCAGAACCGGUGUGACGUGAUGACCUCGGGACCUCGCUCUCAGCACCUCGCCGGCAUCCCGGUUGAUCAACCACGACGGGAUCUGGUGCAGAUAAACAUUCUGCCAUACGUGCCCACAGAGGAGGAACAGAUGGCCCCGCAGCCUCCCAACCCUUUCAGUGAGCUGUCCGAGAAAGAACUGGAAGAGUAUCGCAAAAACGUGGAGAGGAGGCAACUGGGUCUCGAUGGCGAGCACGAGCUAACCUCCGACGACGGCUCCACACUCUCCCAGUCUCUGUCACUCACCCAGUCACCACUAAGCACGCCGGCUAAACAAGCCAACCACUCGGGCCUGACGAACGGCAAAGACAACCACUGUCACGCGGACGACCAGCUGUCCGAGCGCGUCGGCCAGCUCCACGGCGGCGUGGACAUCACGGUGCGCCCGGGCGAGAAGAUCGAGGAGGUUCUGUCCCAGGAGAGCUCGCCCUCCAAGUCGCCCAACGGCAAGAAGAAGAAGAAGUUCCGCACGCCGUCCUUCCUGAAGAAGAACAAAAAGAAAGAGAAGGCGGAGGCUUGAGUGAUUAGAUAAGAAAGAGCGUGGCGGCCAUCUUUUUUUGUGUUGUCUUUUACAUUGUCUACGUUUUCCUGUCCAAUUUUUUUAAAGGUUUUAUACGCAAAAGAGCAGAAUGCAUGAUUGGAUCAGUUGUAAUGAAAAGAAGGCAGGGGGUGGGCUCUUUGCAGGCUCCACCUGGGCUACAGCUCAUCUAGACGCUCAUCAACGACAUCACCCUGGCGUUAUUUCAAUCAGGUCGCGACAAAACUGCACUCGCCUGGCAGCCCCCCCCCCCCAUCACUGAGGGGAGACAGGAAGUCCCCCCGCAGGUGUUGCAGGUGUAACAUAACUGGAGCUAAAAAGGAGCACAGUAAUGUUGACACUCAAUAUUUAUGUAGCAUUUUUCUCUCAUUUGGACAAACCUAAAAUUGAGUCAUCUCAUGAAUUUUUACUCAUUCUGCAGACGCCGACUUUCUCUCUUUUGGCUCGCACGAUAUUGUGAAGUCGAGAAUACAAAAGUGACGACAUCUCCCCACGAUACGAUAAUAACUGGAAACGUGUAAGUCUAUUUUUUUUUUUCAUUUUUGGGACGUGCCGGAACUUUUCCUGGUGACUUUUGUAAAAGGGACGGCAAGUAGCAACGCCUGCGAGGCGUGGAAAGUGGAGACGGAGUUUCAAAAAGGUGUGUGUAAACAGGAAGUGGCGCUGAUGUCGCCAAGGGAUGUUAGGGCCACACUGACGAGUCACUUUUUCCUUCACUUGCGGGAAUAAAAUCGUGAUCGUUUUGUCAAGUAAAAGCCGAAACCUCAAAGAAAAGAUUGGAAAAUUUGCCAGAAUUUUUGCUUUGUUUUCAGCGUGUUCCUGGAAGAACUGAUGAGUUCUUACCCAGCAGGCACCAGCCUUCGAUGUCCUUUAAAAUCGACUUUAAAACAACGUUGCAGAAUAGUUGCACGAACCCCGUUUCCAUAUAAGUUGGGAAAUUGUGUUUGAUGUAAAUAUAAACAAAAUACAAUGAUUUGCAAGUCAUUUUCAACCCAUAUUCAGUUGAAUAUGCUACAAAGACAACAUAUUUGAUGUUCAAACUCAAACUAUUUUCUUGCAAAAUAAUCAUUAACUUUAGAAUUUGAUGCCAGCAACACGUGACAAAGAAGUUGGGAAAGGUGGCAAUAAAUAUUAAUAAAGUUGAGGAAUGCUCAUCAAACACUUAUUUGGAACAUCCCACAGGUGUGCAGUCUAAUUGGGAACAGGUGGGUGCCAUGAUUGGGUAUAAAAACAGCGCCGUCUUUUUCAUGGACGCCCCUGCUUAUUUCAGCAAGACAAUGCCAAGCCACAUUCAGCACGUGUUACAACACUGUGGCUUCGUUAAAAAAAAAAAAAAGUGUGGGUACUUUCCUGGCCCACCUGCAGUCCAAACCUGUGGACUGCAUGAAGUGUAAAAUACGACAGCGGAGACCCCGGACUGUUGAACGACUGAAGCUCUACAUAAAACAAGAAUGGGAAAGAAUUCCAACUUCAAUUAGUUUCCUCAGUUCCAAAACGUUGUAGUGUUGUUAAAAGAAAAGGUGAUGUAACACAGUGGUGAACAUGCCCGUUCCCAACUACUUUGACACGUGUUGCAGCCAUGAAAUUCUAAGUUAAUUAUUAUUUGCACAAAAAAAAAAUAAAGUUUAUGAGUUUGAACCUCAAAUAUCUUGUUAUUGUAGUGCAUUCAAUUGAAUAUGGGUUAAAAAGGAUUUCCAAAUCAUUGUAUUCCGUUUAUAUUUACAUCUAACACAAUUUCCCAACUCUUAUGGAAACAGGGUUUGUAUUUGUAAUUGAGACUACGUUGAUGUCAAACGUUGGAUCCCCGUUGUUGGUUGGGAAAUGAUCAAAUUUCAAACGGUCAGAACCCAACUGUUGGUAAAGGGAACGAGGCAACACCAGGGCAGAACUGCGGUUUAGAUGGUUUAUUCAAACCUUUGAUGAAUGUGUGGGGUGUGUAUGCUACCACUAGUGAAUAAAUGCGGACGAUGUUUGGAAUUAAGAGGCAGUCAGCAGGAAGGCAAACAGUCGGGGGCUGGAGAGAGGCAACGAUGUGCUGGUCCAAGCAGUGGUCGAGGAUCGGGGAAGGCAAGCAAAGAUCAGGGAGGAGGUCGUGAGGCAAGACACGAUUACGGUAGACACUGGAAGACACAAAGGACAUCAAGACGGGAACAAGGAAAAACACAAAGAAGGCGAGCAAGGAACGAGGGAGGGGGUGCCAGACGUGAUUCUUACUCAGGGGCGAAGGUCUCCUGGCUUCGCUGGUCUUUUAUGCCGCUCCCUCUCUUCAGGACCAGGUGCGGUGAUGUGUGAUUGUCUGCAGCCUUUUUGCUGUGUGGACGUGCCGCGCUCAGCACGAGCAGUGUCGUGUCAUGUAGCCAGAGGAGGAAUCUUGACACUCAGUUGCAGGAGCAACACGGGUUCGAAUCCGCGCCGUGACACCAACAUUGAUUCAACGUCGUCCAAAAAAAUGGUGUUUCAACGUUAUGUUUGAGUCGCUAAUUCAACAAGUUCUCAACGUUGUCUUAUUGUCUCGUGCCUGCUGGGGGUUUCAACACUCUAAAUAUACAAUACUAACUUUUACAUCUCAGGUGUUUUUUCCCCUCAUAAUGUUACAAGUUUAUUUUGGUACUUAAAUUAAAAUUUAUUAUGUGAGGUUUUAUUUGACUAAUUUCAACAAUCUUGCAAAAAUAUUGACAAAAAAUUGUGACUUUUUAUUAUCAUAUUAAUAUAUUUUUCUUUUAAAACAUAGUCAAAUACAUGUCCCAUGACUCCAACCUAAUUCUUAAUUACUUACAAUUUGCACCAAAUUCUUCUAAUUAAAAUGUUUUGGUUUAUUAACAUUUUUUUUACUUGACUAAAAAUGACAGAUUUUUUUUUUUUUUUUGUGAAAUUGCAACUUUUUUGUGUGUAUUGUGCUUUUUCUUGGUAUCAUUAUAAAGACCUAAUUCUCAUAUGCAUGUCCAAUAACUCCGACUUAACUCUUAAUUACUUAAAAUCUGCACCGAAUUCUUCUAAUUAAAAUGUUUUGGUUUAUUAACUUUUUCUUUUUUUUUUACUUGACUAAAAAUGAGAAAACAUAUUUUUGUGAAAUUGCAACUUUUUUGUGCGUAUUGUGCUUUUUCUUCGUGUUAUUAUGAAGACCUAAUUCUCAUAAUGUGACAAAAAGUACAAAAAUGUUCGUAGAAAAUGGACCUUUGUUGUACAACUAAAUAUUUUUUAUUGACACAUUUUGACUGAAAAAGUUAUAACAUUUCACAAAUUUUUUUUUGGCCUUUUUUAUACUAUUUAGACUUGAUUCUCAUAAAUCCAAGUUGAUAUAAAUUCUAAUUAAAAUGUUUUGGAUCAUUAACUUUUUUUUUUUCUUGACUAAAAAUGAGAGAACAUUUUUUUUGUGAAAUCCCAACUUUUUUUUGUGUAUUGUGCUUUUUCUUCGUAUUAUUAUGAAGACCUAAUUCUCAUGAUGUGACAAAAAGUACAAAAAUGUUCGUAGAAAAUGGACCUUUCUUGUCCAACAAAAUAUUUUUUAUUGGCAUAUUUUGACUAAAACAUGCUAACAUUUCACAUUUUUUGCCUUUAUUAUGCUAUUUAGAAGGACCUCUGAUAUAAAAUAACCCUUCCAACACGCACCAAGCCAGCGUGGAAGGUGUAGGCUAAUAACCAGCAUGAGAAGUACGCCAAAUGGCAGAAACAUGCUGAGGCUAUUUGUCCAGCAGCGGCUGAUGAUGAUGAUACUAUUUAGACUUGAUUCUCAUAAAUCCAAGUUGAUAUAGAUUAUUCUAAUUAAAAUACUUUGGUUUAUUAACUUUUUUUUUUUUACUUGACUAAAAAUGAGAAGAAAAAAUAUUGUGAAAUUGCAACUUUUUUUUUGUGUAUUGUGCUUUUUCUUCGUAUUAUUAUGAAGACCUAAUUCUCAUAAUGUGACAAAAAUUACAAACAUUUUCGGAGAAAAUGGACCUUUCUUGUACAACUGAAUAUUUUUUAUUGACAAAUUUUGACCUAAAAAUGAUAACAUUUCACAACAUUUGUUUUACCUUUGUUAUACUAUUUAGACUUUAUUCUCAUAAAUCCGGGUUGAUUUUGAAUGUGCAACUUUUUUUUACUCAUAGCUCGGUUGGUAGAGCGGCCGUGCCAGCAACUUGAGGGUUGCGGGUUCCAUUCCCGCUUCCGCCAUCCUAGUCACUGCCGUUGUGUCCUUGGGCAAGACACUUUACCCACCUGCUCCCAGUGCCACCCACACUGGUUUAAAUGUAACUUAGAUAUUGGGUUUCACUAUGUAAAGCGCUUUGAGUCACUAGAGAAAAGCGCUAUAUAAAUAUAAUUCACUUCACUUACUCUUCUUAUUCAUUUUUCACAUAAAAUUCCAUAGUUCUCAUUCAUAACUAGCAAUAUUUUGUUUGACCUUAUGCUCAAAAAAUGAAGGCUUUCAUCCUGCAAUAUUAUUUGUGUAAUUCUGACCCAUUGCAACAUUAUCUUCUAAAACUGUAUUAUUCUUGAAAUGUAUAUAUAUUUUUAAAAUUCUGACUUUUUAUACAUUUUUAACGCCUUGCAAUAUUUCAAGAUCGUUCUCUGACUUCUGGUUUCUUCUCCCAGUGUGGCCCUAAUAAUCCUGGGUGGGGAAGUGAUGACAUUUGUAAAGAGUGUGUUUAUAAAUAGAAAUCUAUAUAAAAGUGUGUGUGAGUGAGAGAGAGAGAGAGUGUGUGUAAAGCCAAAUAAAUGUCCCUGCCUCUUGUCGACCCCUCACCACCGCACGGACAGCCUCAGGCUGUGUGAGGACGCAACAAGCGUUUACAGGUGUGAUGUUGAAGUUGAUCAUGUGGCUCCUUAACCUUCCUCUUGUGUUAGCUUUCUGUUACCAUCUCUUAUGUUAACGGGUCGGUUUUGACCCAUGUUUUAAAUCAGCUGUAAAAUACACUAAAAACAAUUAUCUAUCAUCCAAUUUGUUUCUCAUCUCUUGGUUACCUUGUUAGGCUUCCUUAUCCUUAAAAAUAUUGGUUUUAAUAUUUUUGGUUUGGGCCAUUGGGCCUUAUUUUGUCAGUAUACCCCUCCAUUUCAAUUUUUAAAAAUGGUAAAACGAACCUCAAGAGAAUCAUAUAAAUAAAAAAAGGUUGUUGUGUUACCUAACUAUUACUAAGGAGUAUUAGAACAUAUCUCUUAAAUAAAUGUGUUUUGUUUAUUUUUUCAUUUUAAGAAUUUUAACUAUAGUAACAUCUAUGGUGUUACGGGUCAAUUUCGACCCACAUAUAUUUACUUCAAGAAAAAGGCUAAAAAGUAUUUUUUUCAGCAACAGAAAUCCAACAUCAAACAAACAACCAAUCAAGCAAAUGAAACCAAGAGAAAUAGAUUACUAGUUCCAAAACUAAUAAAAAAACAAAAUCAGAGUGGCAAAAAGUGACACUUUUAGUGUCCGUCUUUUGUUUGUUUUUGUACAGGAUAACAAGGUAAAAUGAGAAUCCACUAAAGCUCACAUGAUUGAGAGAGGAGCUGGCUGUCAGUGUGUUCAGUUUUGGCUGUUAUCAUUGCUUUAUCAUCUUAUUUUUAUUACCGUGUCGAAACCGACCCUAACAACACCAAGGGCAUCAUUUCUACCAGAGCAAUUUAUAAUUUAGUGAAAAAAAUUAAAACGUUUUAUUUUGUUAACAAAGAGGUUCCUGACCAAGUCAAAAAGCUUUGAUGCAAAAAAAUAAAUGUACGUGGUGUUUUUAUGCAUUUAAAAACUAAAACGGGUCGGUGCCGACCCUAACGCAAGACGAAGGUUAAAGCCUGCCUCGGUCGACCUUUUUUCAGAAUAAAUGUCAGACGAGAAGGGCGAGGAAGACACCAGCAUGGUUCCAUCCCUCUUUCAUACCAUCUCCUCCUCCCCUUGCUGAAUGGAACUUUAUUUUGUCAUGCUCCUUUUUUUUUUUUUUUUUUAAUCUACUCUCCAUUAGUUUGCAGAGAGCACAAUAUUAUAUUGAUGUAUUUUUCUUUAGCACGCAUUUCACCGGCACCAAUUGCUCCCAAAUGAGCUGAACGUUUGCUACUUCCUGUUUUGUCUCGUUGCACUUCGCGUUGCAUAUAAAGCCUCCCUCCACACACACACACACACACACACACACACAAAACAUGUUUAUUACGCUUUGGCGUGACACGCUGAGCCGAGCGACCUUGUGACCUGUGAACCCUCCCCUUCUGUAGAUGCUAAUCCACUUGUAGUGCUAAUCCGUGUACAUUCACAAAUAAACUGUAUUUUACCAAAAUAAAAGCUCAUUUUCA